AUGCGGCGGCACGUGUGGUUUAAGCUUCCGAACUGGCCUGUCGAGUUCGCUCCUAUGGCGGAUGGACUCGAUCGUGUUAGCGAUCUCCGGGACCGAUUCUUCUUCCUCUAUGGUACGCCCGGGGGGCAAGAUCAAGUGAAGUUUUACGCAUCUCUAGCGGAGCAACGCGCCAAUCAGCCGCUCGACCUCGAAGCAAAAGUGGAUGGACUCGGGGUGGAGGUAGAGCUCCCGAUUCUCGUGGAUGCGCCGGCCAUGUAUAAUCGAUUUUUCGCCUGCAUGUGGGGUCUCGAGCGCACUCAGCUGGUGAACAAGCUCUCCAAUACUCUGUUGCAUGAUGGACAGCGAUUUGUGCUCCUCUCAGCUCCACACGCAUCUGGAAAAAUGUCAAUAUUCACGCUAUUUGCCCACCGCCACCCUGAGCUGAACCGUAAUACGGACAUCAUGCUCUUCAGGGGCUCAUCGCCAAAUGACGCGAUGCUGCGAGCCGGGCUGGAUAUCUGUGGGCGGCAGUCCUCCCUCUCUGAAGACCAACAACACGUGAUCCUGAUCCGCGACGCCCAACGAAACUACGACGACAAGGCGUUCUGGAAGGCUCUGAUCACAGACGCUCCGUCGUGGCUGCCCAGCAACAUCCGCUUCAUCAUCUCCGCGUCUUACACCCUCGAGCCUGGAGUGGAGAGCCCCAUCGAAUUCCAGUCGAUCUCGACGCUUGGAAGGACCGAUUUCCUGCUGAGCGACGAGGAAUCACGCGCAUUCUUGGAAUUACCAGCGCUUGGGCUGCCCGAGAAGAUGAUGGACGGCAAAGACGAGCUGGCCCAGCUCUUGGUUCGUGAAUGCGGCGGGCUCAUUGGCGCCUUGCGGGUUGCCGUUACUUCCUUGAGCAUUGCGUUCCGGGAAAACCCCAAACCUUCUGAAUCCGAGUUGAUAGCAUACUUUCUGUCGUACAAUUACCAAGACUCUCUGGAUAGGUGCUUUUGCAGGCCGGCCAAGCCUACCAGUACGGAGUUCUCCGAGUUUUUGACCAAGUGCCUCGCCCUGUCGCCGGACGCGGUGCCAUUGGACGCGAAGCUUGCUGAGGACAACAGAGACUGUUUCGUGUUGCUGCAGCAAACUGGGGUCCUCGUCCGGGAAAGCGAGCAACUGGUGAGAUUCUCGUCGCCAAUGGCAGAGCGAUUUUACUACAGGCGACUCGUACCGGGAUGUGCUCGUGAUCACCCAAAAUCUCUGCGUGAACUCGUCACAAAAGUUUUGGGAUUCUUGUCGGCGUCUGUGUUACGUGCGAGUGCUGAUGGUGGCAGUGGGUUUCCUGACGAAGUUACCUUUCGACAGCAGCUUAUGAGAGCCUGUACCACGAAUAUUGGUUCCGAAUACUCGGUCUGUCCGGAGCUGCCGCGCAUAUUUCGUACGGCAGCGAAUUAUCAAGAUGAGCGUGGGGGUAUCGUUCGUUUCGUGAAUGCGACUCAGAAGUGGGGGUUGGAGUUUUUCGUGAAUGACAGGAUUAUUCAAGAUUAUUCGUCUCAAUUCGCCCCGGGUGGUGUGUUUGCCGCUCUCCAAGUGGAUGACUACGCGGUUGUUGAUCUUCGUGGCAACAGAACUGGAACUGUACCCGAGGAUGUUGUUCUGGGGGAGAAGCUGAUUACGGUGUUCUUUCAGAUGGGAGAUUUCUCGAGAUGCCAGGUCGUUUUUGGCAGCGAUGGAGCUCGAUGCGAUAUCAAUUUGAGGUUUUGA